AUGGCUAUGAAAAUCCUUUCCAGUGUAACAUCUGUGGGCACAGGUGCAGAAACAGGGGCUCACAUGCUACAGAGGAUGUAUGGAUGUGAGCUCCAUGAUGGGACUGUUAGAGGUUAUGAGCAGUUAGCUUAUGAUGAAGAAGAUUUCAUCAGUCUGGAUCUGGAACAUGUCACCUGGACUGCAGCCAAACCUCAGGCUCUUAACACCAAAAAUAAACUGAAUACUGAAGGAGCUGCUAUUUUUGAAAAAUUCUAUCUGGAGAACAUCUGUAUUGAGUGAUUACAGAAGUCUGUGAUCUAUGGCAGAGAGACUCUGGAGAGGAAAGCUCGUCCUGAGGUACCCGUCUUCCACAAACACUUGUCUGCAGAUGUGGUGUGUCACGCUACAGGUUUCUACCCUAAAGAAGUAAUGAUCACCUGGCAGAGGGAUGGAGAGGUCAUGCAUGAGAAUGUGGAGCUCAGAGAGACGUUACCAAACCAGGAUGGAAGCUUCCAGAAGAGAAGCAUACUGAGAGUCUCACCUGAGGAUCUGCAGAAACACAACUACACCUGUGUGGUUCAGCACAGCAGCCUGGACAAGGAGAUAGUGAAGAUUUUCCUGAGAGGUAGAAGAAACAUUUUUAUGUAGCGCCCUCUACCCUUAAACUUUAAUUGGAUGGAGGACCGGGUUCUCACUUUGUCUCUUGAUGGAAUAUCACUUUCCUUCCUCUGCACUGUUAUCUACUUAUGAGCUUAGUUAGACGGUGUGCACACUAACUGCAGCAAGUUAUCAAAGAUUAAAUCAAUUCACAAGAUAAGUAAACUUGAAAUUGAAAUAGUAAGUAAUUGUUUUUAGUAUAUCAAACAUAAAUAGUAUCAAACCCCGAAUAAACACCGUGCCUGUAACGUUGCUGGGGAGCGUGGUGGCCUUUAAAACUACAAAUGGCCUCUUCGCUCUGACGAGCUAAAAGAAAAUAAUAAAUAGAUCACCUGAAAGCCUUCCAAGUUGGUUAAAACGCGAACUUCCCUCAGAUGCAGCGGUAGAUAUUCCAGUAGU